AUGAAAUUGUUAUCGUUGUUGUUCCCUCUUUCGAUGGGAAUGUAUUUCCACAUGCCUCCUGGCCACAAAAAGUGUAUCAAGGAAGAGAUUCACAAGGACGUCGUCGUUACUGGUGAAUUUGAGGCGAAAGAAUCCCCCGGCCACAGGGUCGACCUGAAAGUUACUGAUUCGAAAGACCACAUUCUCUACCAAAAAGAAAACGCCGAAAAUGGCAAAUUCGCCUUCACUACCGACGAUCAAGAUCUUUUCGAAGUCUGCUUCACUUCUGUUCGACUAGGCGGCUUCUCUAAUGAUCCCAAAUCGCACGAAAUCAAGCUUGUGAUCAAGAAAGGCGUUGAAGCAAAAAGCUACGAUGAACAGGCGAAGACUGAGAAAUUGAAGCCACUCGAGGUCGAGCUGAGAAGACUUGAGGAUCUGUCCGAGUCUAUUGUCAACGAUUUCCAGUACAUGAAGACCCGGGAAGAGCAAAUGCGAGACACCAACGAAUCUACGAACUCACGAGUCCUCUACUUUUCCAUCUUUUCCAUGUGCUGCCUCAUCGGCCUCGCAACCUGGCAAGUUCUUUACCUUCGAAAGUUCUUCCAAUCGAAGAAGCUCAUCGAUUAA